CUAAAUUGAAUGCUGUGCAGUAGUUUACUAUCAUGAACUCCAUCCCGGAUCGUGUUUCCAAAGAUUACGGUAGAGGGAACAGCUCAAGUGUGUACAGUAGCGGGGACAUCUUCGAGCCUUUAUCAAGUAUUAAUGCUAAGCAACGGGCAAAAUUGGUAGAGUGGUUAAACAGCGUUCUUCCUCACUUGAGUUUGCCUAUAAAUGCUUCUGAUGAGGAUUUACGAGCAUUCUUGGUUGAUGGUUCUGUCUUAUGCCAAUUAUUGAAUAAGCUGAAACCAGGUUCUGUACCUGAGUGUGGCGGUACAGUACACUCUCCCGAGCUACACUCAGAAAAUAUUAAAAGGUUUUUGUCUGCUAUGGAUGAAAUGUGCUUGCCCAGGUUUCAGGCAUCAGACUUGGAAAAGGGUUCUAUGAAAAUAGUACUGGAGUGCCUUUUAACACUUCAGGAAGAAUUUUCAAGAACUCAGUCUUCCCCAUCCCCAGGAGAACGGCAGAAGACAGGAUCAGAUUCAAAAUUCCAGCGUGCAUUGAGAAGUCCUAUAAUGACAGAGCCAUCGGCCGCGUUAAUACAUCACGUUGGACAUAAGUUCCAUGAAGUAUUUCAGCUUAAACAAGGGAGCCACACUGAAAUUCCUGCUGCAAAGAUUUCAGAAAUGAUGAGAUCUAAUAGUUUGGAUAUUGCCCCAACGCAGUCACUUCUAAGUGUUGUAAAUGGGAUUCUUGAUGAAAGCAUUGAGCGGAAGAAUGGGGAGAUACCUCAACGUGUAGCGUGCUUAUUGAGAAAAGUGGUGCAAGAAAUUGAGCGGCGGAUAACUACUCUAGCUGAACAUCUUAGAACGCAAAACAAUCUAUUCAAGACUCGUGAACAGAAAUACCAGUCAAGGAUCAGAGUCCUGGAAGCCCGUGCAACUGGGACUAGUGAAGAGACACAGAAUGAGAAAAACAAAACGGAGGGGAAAAAGAAAAAUGAGGAGCAGGAUGUGCCUAAAUUGGAAGAGAAGGAUAAUCAAAUUGUGGCAUUGAAGCAAGAACUGGAAAUAACUAAGAACUCCUAUGAAUCGAAAGAGAAGGAAGAUCAUGGUCAAGAAAUCACAGCUUUGAAGAAAGAGCUGGAAAUAGUUAAGAAAUCAUAUGAAUUGAAAGAGAAGGAAGAUAAUAGGCAAGAAAUCACGUCUUUGAAGCAAGAACUGGAAAUAGUUAAGAAAUCGUAUGAAUCUAAAGAGAAGGAAGGUCAUUGGCAAGAAAUCACAGCUUUGAAGCAAGAACUAGAAAUGGUUAAGAAAUCGUAUGAAUCAAAAGAGAAGGAAGAUCCUAGGCAAGAAAUCGCAGCUUUAAAGCAAGAACUGGAAAUAGUUAAGAAGUCGUAUGAAUUGAAAGAGAAAGAAGAACAUAGCCAAGAAAUCGCAGCUUUAAAGCAAGAACUGGAAAUAGUUAAGAAGUUGUAUGAAUUGAAAGAGAAAGAAGAACAUAGCCAAGAAAUCGCAGCUUUGAAGCAAGAAAUGGAAAUAGCUAAGAACUCGUAUGAAUUGAAAGAGAAGGAAGAUCAUAGGCAAGAAAUCGCAGCUUUGAAGCAAGAAAUGGAAAUAGCUAAAAAAUUAUAUGAACAACACACCCUAGAAAUGGAAGAAAAGGCAACAGAAGCUCAACAAGAACUUGAGGAGAAGUUGAAGGAGGCCACGGGCCUUUUGGCGGAAUCAAGAAAUAGGAUAAAGGAACUUGAGACAUUUUCUCAAUCAAAAUUGCACAAUUGGAAGAAGAAGGAGCAUAUUUACCAAAUAUUUACAGAUUUCCAGUUGGGCGCACUGCGUGAACUGAGAUUUUUUUCUCAGUCAAUAAGGCAAGAAGUGGUGAAAACACAAAACAGCUAUGUAGAGGAAUUCAAUCAACUAGGUGAAAAAGUUGGAGCAUUAGGACAUGCAGCUGCAAACUAUUCUACAAUCCUUGCUGAGAAUCGCAAACUGCACAAUGAGGUGCAGGAGAUAAAAGGAAAUAUCAGAGUAUAUUGUCGAAUUAGGUCAUUCCUUCGUGGACAAAAGGAAAAACAAUCAGUUGUUGAAUACAUUGGAGAAAAUGGGGAACUUAUUGUUGUAAAUCCUUCCAAACAAGGAAAGGAAGGCCGCCGGUCGUUCAAGUUUAAUAAGGUCUAUAGUCCAGCUGCAACACAAGCUGAGGUAUAUUCAGAUAUUCAGCCCUUGAUAAAAUCCGUACUUGAUGGAUAUAGUGUAUGUAUAUUUGCCUAUGGUCAGACUGGAUCAGGGAAAACAUACACCAUGACUGGCCCAGACAAAGCGACUGAGGUGAAUUGGGGCGUCAAUUAUCGAGCUUUAAAUGAUCUUUUCAGAAUUUCUCAAGUGAGAGAGAGCACCUUCACAUAUGAAAUUACAGUUCAAAUGAUGGAAAUAUAUAACGAACAAGUUCGUGACUUACUCUCAAGUGAUAGUUCACAAAAGAAACUUGGGAUAUUAUCAACCUCCCAACCUAAUGGAUUAGCUGUUCCAGAAGCAAGCAUGCAUCCAGUAAACAAGACCUCUGAUGUCUUAGAUUUGAUGGAUAUUGGAUUAAGAAAUCGAGCAAAAGGUUCCACUGCAAUGAAUGAAAGAAGUAGUCGAUCACACAGUAUUGUCACUGUUCAUGUUCGCGGGAUGGAUAUAAAGAGCGGUUCAUCCAUGCAUAGUAGUCUUAAUUUGGUGGAUCUCGCUGGAAGUGAAAGAGUCAACCGCUCUGAGGUGACAGGAGAUAGACUGAAAGAGGCGCAACAUAUAAAUAAGUCAUUAUCUGCCUUAGGAGAUGUCAUUUCUGCUUUGGCACAAAAGAAUGCUCAUGUCCCAUACAGAAACAGCAAGCUCACUCAACUCCUUCAGACUUCAUUAGGUGGUCAAGCAAAGACACUUAUGUUUGUGCAGCUUAAUCCUGAAGUUGGUUCAUAUUCAGAAACCACGAGCACAUUAAAAUUUGCUGAAAGAGCAUCUGGAGUAGAGCUAGGCGCUGCUCGAAGUGGUAAAGAGGGCAGGGAUGUAAGAGAUUUAAUGGAGCAGGUUGUGUCUCUCAAGGAUACGAUAUCUCAGAAAGAUGACGAGAUUGAGAAACUUCAGCUGACCAAAGAUAAAAAAAAUGUUUACACUGGAGCCGACAGCGAGACACAUAGUACUGAUUGAGAAACUGAUUGCUGUGCUGAAAACAAUCUUUUCUCUGAAGGAGCCAAAAAUACAGAGGACACAGAUCAUUGAACAAUCUAAAAUUUGUAGACCUGCUGGUCUUAAAAAUUGGUGUUGUGAUUGGUAUUUCUCUUGAAAUUGGAUCAAAAGUGACCAUUUGGCUGGCCAAACCUCCCAAAACUUGCAAAUAACAUGUAGUUGUAGUACUUGUCAUAUUUCAUUCUUUCUUGAUUAAAUUAAAGAGGCUCAUUUAGUGUAAAGGGUUGUAAGAUAGUACUUUUUUUUAAUUCAUCCUUUUUUUGGUUGGUGGGGUGGGGGUAGGGUGGUGGGGAGAUGGGUUUGGGGGAGUAGAG